CCCCACCAGGGACCUCGCUGGCUUUAAUUGCUGCCUGUGGGGAGGUGAAGGUGAAAGGGAGAGGGAGAAGGUGCAGCGUGAGGGCUCUGAGUCCACCUUGCCUCCGCAUUCUCCCCCAGGCAUGGGGUCUGCAGCAGCCCUGCCCUGCCUGAUGCUGCUUUGCCUCCUGCACCUUGUAGCUGGAGCAUCUGCACAGCCGAGAUACCUGGUGCUCUUCCCCUAUGUGAUCUACUACCCACACGGGGGCAAGGUGCACGUCCACCUCAUGGACCUGGAUGGGCCUGUGCGGGUCACCCUCCACCUGGCGAGCAGCCAUGGCGUCCCUAAUGUCACCCUGGAGGAGACGGGCAACAGGAUCCUCCAGCUGGACUGGCCCCUCUUCCCCAACAUUUCUACCCCAAGAGAGGAGGUGGCGUACCUGCAUGUCUCCAUCCAGGGAGGUUCCCUGGGGGUCUCCCAGCAGAGGGAGGUCCUGCUGAAAGCCCCAGGUCUGUGGACUGUGAUACAGACAGACAAAACUACCUACAAGCCUGGGCAAACUGUGAAGUUUCGAGUUGUCCAUUUGGAGGAGGACUUCAUUCCCAGUGACAGAAAGCUUCCCUUGGUGUCUGUGAAAGAUUACAGAGAGAGAACCAUCAGGUCAUGGCAGGAUGUGAGCCUGCAGCAGGGCAUCGUGGACCUGUCCCUUCCGCUGGACAUAAACUCAGCCUUGGGCACGUACACCAUUGUGGUGGAAGAGAAGACUCACAUCUUCUCUGUGGAGAAGAAGAGGCCACCCCACUUCCAAGUGCUUCUCCAGCUGCCGUCCUUUGUGACGGUGACGGAUGAGAAGAUCCCACUGCACAUCUGUGGGUGGUACCCAUCUGGGAAGCCUUUCCGGGGCAGGGCUGAGGCCAGCCUGUGCCAGUGGCACAAAUAUCUGAAGGAAUCUGACAGAUGUGCUACAUUUGUGGCCGAGACAGGGAGGAACGGCUGCUUCUCCACCCAGAUAUCUAUGGCUUCUUUCAACCUGACCAGCCCCGACUAUGAGAGGCGGCUCUACGCCAACGGAACUCUGAUAGAGCGGAGGACCGGGAAGUUGCAUAGCCUGAAUAAAAGCUGUAACAUUCUGCCUGAAAUGCCCACCACUGCAUUCAAGAACACCGAAGGUUUCUACAAGCAUGGGAUGCCCCCCCGCUGGCAUGAUGCUGCUGAAGGGAGCCACUAGUAUCCCUUCUGCCUUCACCAACCCAACAUGACCAGCUGUGGGAUGUUUAUUCACUCUUUUUGGGGGACUGAGCAUGGCUGGCUCGUGGCUCCUGGUGUCCUCCUGCAGGGAUGCCACAGCACAGUGUGUGGUGGUCACGGCUGCUACAUGCCUUUCCACCCUGCUGGGCUGUCUUC